ACGGCCGGAGCCUCCCGCCGGAGCAGAGCGCAGCGGCCCUUGGCCCCCCGGGGCUGGUGGCACCGCGACUCGGGCCAUCCUCGCCUGCCCGUGGGGGAUGCAGUGGCUGGCGGGGACCUAGGGGAUGUAGGGCGCGGUGACUGAUGAGGUUUCAUUGAUCAUGGACUGUGAAGAAAUCCCAGAUUUUUCGAGUCCAAAAGAAGAAACUGCAUAUUGGAAAGAGCUUUCCUUGAAGUAUAAACAAAGUUUCCAGGAAGCACGUGAAGAACUGGCUGAAUUCCAGGAGGGAAGCAGAGAAUUGGAAGCUGAAUUGGAGGCCCAGCUAGUGCAGGCUGAACAGAGGAAUAGAGACUUGCAAGCAGAUAACCAAAGACUGAAAUAUGAAGUGGAAACGUUAAAGGAGAAACUUGAACACCAAUAUGCACAAAGUUACAAGCAAGUCUCGGUAUUGGAAGAUGACCUGAGUCAGACACGAGCCAUUAAAGACCAGCUACACAAAUAUGUGAGGGAGCUGGAACAGGCCAACGACGACUUGGAGCGCGCUAAGAGGGCAACAAUAGUUUCAUUGGAAGACUUUGAACAAAGGCUGAACCAGGCUAUUGAGAGAAAUGCAUUUUUAGAAAGUGAACUGGAUGACAAGGAAUCGUUGCUAGUUUCUGUACAGAGGUUAAAGGAUGAAGCGAGAGACUUACGGCAAGAGUUAGCUGUCCGAGAAAGGCAACAGGAGGUCACCAGGAAGUCUGCUCCUAGUUCUCCGACUCUAGACUGUGAAAAGAUGGAUUCCGCUGUCCAGGCAUCUCUCUCUUUGCCAGCCACGCCUGUUGGAAAAGGAUCAGAGAAUAGCUUUCCUUCCCCAAAAGCUAUACCAAAUGGGUUUGGUACCAGCCCCCUAACUCCUUCUGCUAGAAUAUCGGCACUGAACAUUGUGGGGGAUCUCUUACGGAAAGUCGGGGCCUUAGAAUCCAAAUUAGCUGCUUGCCGAAAUUUUGCAAAGGACCAGGCUUCACGGAAAUCCUAUAUUUCAGGCAACGUUAGCAGCAGCCUGAUGAGCAGCAACGGCACAAAGUUCUCUCAUUCAGGGCAUACGUCUUUCUUUGACAAAGGGACAGUAAACGGCUUUGACCAAGGCCCCCCUCCGGGCAUAGGAUCCUCCAGACCCUCAUCAGCGCCAGGCAUGCUUCCUCUGAGCGUAUGAACAGCCAGGAGGCCUUUGAACCAGCCCUUUUCUCAAACAGAAGCCCCCCAAGAAAAGAACUGCUUCUGAGUCCUUCCCAUUAGCACCCCCUGCUGGAACUCAGCCUGCAUUGCGGUGUGGAGCAGCAUUGGAGCCGGCCCGCUGCCUGGAGGAGUCCCAGCCACGCACAAUCCUUCACUCAAUGUCAAUACAGUUUAUUUUCUCCUAUUGCCGUAGUGGACGUUCUCUAACAUGGUCGCGCUCUGUUGUGGGUCACACAAGCUGAUAUGUGUGUUCUGUCUCCCAGGAUGCAGGAGUCUCACUAGCAAACAACUGAUCCUCAGCCUUCACCUUGUACCUGUCUUAACUUAGGUUGGGUAGGAUGCAACCGCUGGCUGAAUCUGUAUUUACAACCCCUCUUUCCCUACAGCCUGGCACUUAAGCACACACAGCCACCACCCUUUCAGUAUGGAGGGAACUAUUUUUGAGGGAUGCCAGGUACAGUUUAGAUGUGUUAAUCCUGUUGGACAAAUGCCCUGGGAAGGAGACACCUGGCCUCAAACAACUUUAGCUCUCCUUGAACAUUAAUGAAAUGUUCAUGCAGGUAAAGUCUUGCUUUUGCUACUCUGAGAAGCCACUGCCUGUGUUGGCAAUGCUGCCAAUGCAACAGGCCCCUAAAAAUGUGUGAGCAUCAGCCAGUGUUCAGAUCUGUGUAAUAUAGAACAACUAGACGUUACAGUGCCAGCAAUGGGCUUCUGUGACAGUUCUGGGCCACUUUGUACCUUGUGGGUCUGCAAAGCGAUAUGUUUGUGCGAUUCGCCAUCUCUCUCUGUGCCUCAGUUGUUGGAUUUUAAAAAGGACACACAAACCUGCCAGUGGUUUGGUCCGUGGGUUUAAAACUCUCCAGUCUAGUCCAUCCCACUUCAUUUGGCUUUGUGGAUUUCA